AUGUCAACUAAGAAUGACCAAUAUGAUAUCUCUGGGGUGCAGCGUGUGAGCCCUGUGACUGGCUGUGAGGAGCUGUACUACCCCCCCUGGAGGAGGGCAGUGUUCCGCUGGAUGAUCAGCCUGCCUGUCUGCAUGCUCUGCCUGGCCUUCGUCUUCCUGGCCAUGCUGGUGUGUCUGGAGCUCCAGGAGUUUGUGAUGAGUUUGAAGGAGCUUCCAAACGUGACCCGGUUCCUCCCCAAGAUCCUGCAGGCCAUCACCGUGUCUGUGUGUGACGAGGUGUACAAGAAGAUCGCAUACUGGCUCAACGACAUGGAGAACUACCGCCUCCAGAGGGACUAUGAGAACAACCUCAUCAUCAAAAUUGUUGUUUUUCAGUUCAUCAACUCCUACCUUAGUCUGUUCUACAUCGGGUUCUACCUCAAGGAUAUGGAACGCCUGAAGGAGAUGCUGGCCACACUGCUCAUCUUCCGCCAGAUCAUGCAGAACUUUGUGGAGGUUCUCCAGCCAUACCUGUACGAGCACCACAAGCUGGGGGUGUUCACGCCCAGGGUCCUGUGGGAGCAGGCCCACACUGGGGUGCUCAAGUACGGACGCCUGGCACUAGGAAAGGCCCAGGCUUUCGUGGCGACCUACUGCAAGCAGGCCUCCAGAGGCUUAGCCCACCCUGAGACGAGAGCAUCUGAGCGGGGGAGGAGGGGAGACCUGAAGGCUGGCUUCAGGCUGUCGGAGGAGGAGUGGGAGCAGAGCGAUGGUCUGAGACACAGGAAGGUCUGUUUCACCGAGACGGUGGCCUACAACCACCCCGCCGCCACGGCAACCCCCGCCGCCACAGCGACCCAGCAGGGGGCGGGGCCUCUCAGCUUCCUGGAGGACAGCCCCACCCUGCUGGAGGAUGGCAUGCACGCCACCAGCCUGUUCACCCUGGACGACAGCGACCACGGCGACAGUGACCACGGCGACAGCGAGGCGGAGACGGCGGAUGCAGUGGCGACCAUCGCCAGUACGACCAAUGGUUCUGAAGCGGCAAGUGAGAAUGGGCGUGGCCAGGCAGACAGGAAGCAGGACAGGAAGUCAUGGAUUGAUCCUCCGCUGGAGGAGGAAGAGUGUGGCUUGACUCUGACGCAGGCGGAAAUCCAGAGCUGCAUGCAGACCUACGAGAGCACUCUGGAGGACUAUCAGGAGAUGUUCAUCCAGUUUGGCUACGUGGUCCUCUUCUCUUCUGCCUUCCCGCUGGCCGCGCUGUGCGCGCUCAUCAACAACGUGAUCGAGAUUCGCAGCGACGCCCUCAAGCUGUGCUGCGGGUUCCAGAGGCCCUUUGGAGAACGCGUGGACAACAUCGGACAGUGGCAGACGGGGAUGGAGGUCAUGGGGCUGAUUGCCAUCAUCGUGAACUGUUACCUGAUUGGCCAGUGUGGUCAGCUGCAGCGGCUGUUCCCCUGGAUGAGUCCUGAGAUGAUCAUCAUCUGUAUUGUACUGCUUGAGCACUUUGCUGUCCUGCUGAAGUACAUCAUCCAUGUAGCAAUCCCUGACGUUCCUGUGUGGGUGGCGGAGGAGAUGGCCAAGCUGGAGUACCGACGCAGGGAGGCCUUCAAGAAACACGAGAUCCAGGCCCAGCAGCACUUCCAGCAGCAGCAGCGCCAGCGCCGCGAGGAGGCGGAGCUACAGAGGCAGGCGGAGCAACAGGCCGAGGCACGCCAGGAAGGCAGCGGCAAGGCUGAGGCCCACCAGCAUCACCACGCCGCCGGGGGGGGCAAGGGGGGCGGGGGGGACAAGCCCCGCAGGCCCAACUCCCUGCUGGGCUCCAACAAGCUGAAGCAGAUCAUCCCUCUGCAGGGGAAGUUCUCGGGGUCGCCCCGCUCCCCCCAGACGCCCCCGGGCGGGGAGGUCAAGCUGCCUGCCUUCCUCAACAAGCUGCUCAACAAGUCCCCCGAGGUGAAGAAGGAGGCCGCGGCCCCCGGGGGCCCGGAGCGGCCAGGAGCCCCCGGACAGCCCUUCAGCCCGGGCAGGCUGCUGGCCCCCAGCAGGUCUGGGGGGACGGUGGUGAGUGGGGGGCCAGGGGGGCCUGGAGGGGACGGCAGCACCACGCCCGAGGAGCUGCCAUCCAGCGAGGGGGAGGGGGGCGAGGGGAGGCCCGGCGCCAUGGAGACUAACGGCUCAGGGUCGUAG